UUUAUUUCGAAAUGAAACGCAUCUCUUCCCGUUCUGACAGCGGAGGCGACUCUGCAGUGGUGAGUCCACGGGAACUAACUCUUGUGCAAAGGGAAGAAGAAGAAAACCGAAUUUCCGGAAUGUAAUGUUUACAACAGGCAGUAUAUCUUAUGUCUCCUGAGCUGAUAUUUUCCAAGCAAGAAUGUGAACAGACUGUCUGUUGCCAAGAUCUGGGAGGUAAUUAUCUAAUGCAGGUCCAUUGGAGAUCCAUCGGCUAUUGAAAACCUAGUAAACCAUGAAGAAGAAAAGUAGAUGCCUAAAGUCAUCCAAAGUGUCACAACAGAGCAGGAGAGUAUAUGAAGGGAAAAUACUUUGUUUAAGUAGAAGGCAAACUCAGAGAAGCAUCCAUGUGACUCCGACAACACCUGACCAACUUCAUGGAGAUGACACAACAGAUUCUACCUACACUUUGACUGACAAGGAGAAGCAUUCAGAUGUCAAGUCAAACCCCCCCAGAGUCCCCACUGCUGUCUGCAGAUUGUGCCAUGGAAGGUUUUCUCCACAGAGUCUGCUGCAUGCCUUCAACAAAUGGCCUCAGGAUUUUCCCAAUAUUGUUAAUGACGAAGCGUAUGCUGUUGGCCAGUCACCCUCUUUAUUUCAUCUCGACUUCCAGCAACUGGUUGGAGUGCAGUUGGACCCUGACCCUCGAUUAUCGGAAUUUGUUUGCAAGAAAUGUCAUCACAAGUUCUAUAAGUCCCACAAUAUUUUGUUCAGGUUUUUGCAGAUGGUUAAUCUCUUGCCUGCUGGCGGAGACAAUUCUAAAAUCAGGCCUAAUCCAAUGUUUUCAGACUUUUUAAACAAUGGGUCAACAAGUUCAUCAUUCUUUUCUUCAAACGCCGCGUGGCUUCACAACCUUGUGUCAUGGGCUCAUCAUCAUGGAGAGGCUUGCAAAUUUUGCCCUGACCUGAAGGGGGUGGUUGAGGGCCAGUGCUGGGGCUCGGUCAAAACAGUGUGGUGUUGUGCUGAUGGGCACAGCUACUCUAUGGACACACAGACCACCUCAGCCAAGUUUGGUUAUGUGCUCAAUCCAGAGCGUGGAAACGGUGUAAGAAAUAUUGCAGGGGGGGUGGACUGUGAUGAAAGGAGCACAGCAGUUGGAGUAAUCUGUCAGGCUCAGCAAAGUCCACCAGCAGUCUCUCCACUGAUUCAAAGUUCUUCACUUGCUGACUGGACUUGCAGCACUCCAGUUUCUCCUGUUGAGGAGCAGCAAAAGGACAAGCACGCUGAUAGUGAUCUGUCUGACAGACCAACUGGGCCCAGCAAGCGACAACAAAUUCCAAAUACCUCUGAGGAUCGUAAAGUAAAAAAGAAACCUGGACCUAAACCUGGCUGGAAAAACAAGUUCAAACCCAAAGGAGAGGCAGAAGAGGACCAUGACAUCAAAACUAUAAAGGGGACCUUGACUGCAGCUGUUAGGAGGCAAUUUACUGACGCACAGAGAAAUCCUCUGUACAGCAUCUCAAAUUUGCUUGAACCGAGGGAGGAGCUGCCCAACAUCUACAGGUGUCUGUAUCAGGGCUGCACUGCUGUCUAUAGAGCUCCAGAUGGUUUAAAGGCACCACCGCGAUCAGUGCGGACAUGUGAAAAAGGCGUGCGGACAUGUGAAAAAGGCGGCUCUGUAUGGGAGAGAAGUUGAAGAGGAAUAAAAACACCCUUGGAAACCAAAACUUGCCCCUCGUCGUGACUCGGAGCCGCAACAAAUGUUUCGGAUUUGUGUGGGGUACAUUGUGACAGCGAACGAGCAGGUGAUCGAGCAAGCGUCUGAUACGAGAGCAUUGCGUUCGUAUGGAGCGUGUUUGAAGUGAACAGCAGAGACGAAAGGAACAAGGCAAAGUGUUGUGAAAUAAAAUAUUAUCUUUAAUACGCAUUUUGUUAUUUGCUGAUUGAAACUGCUAAUUAAACUGUGAAUUGAAACUAAUAGGAAGCAAACAACUCUCGCUCUUUAUAUAGCUGACGUGUCUUGCGCAUCUGUUCUGCGCAUCGGAUUUAUAGUGCGCAUGCGCAGUCAUACUGCCCCCGUAUGACGUCCGGUCCGCGAUGGAGAUUAAAAAACAAACAAUAUUUGACAAUAACACACCAUCAAGGAUUGCACCAUCGCAUCAAACGAUGUGUCGUCAAUUAUGAAUUUUACUGACUGUGUUGGGCAGGAUGGCUGAAUGCUAUGCGCGAUUGACAUUAAACAAGAAGAAAGGUGAUUCCAAGUUUUAUUUCGAGGGAGAUUUGUCAUGUCUCGUUCCCAGUUUUGCUUUGUGUCUAGGUUGCCAUAGUUUCUGUUCGCGUCGCCCCUCCCUUCCUGUGUCACCUCAAUCAAUGUAACGUGUUUUGUAUUUAAGUCCUGUCUGCCCCUCGCUCACCGUCGGAUCAUUGCAUGUGUUACUGUCAUGAUCUCUGUUUGGUUUCUGUUCCUGUCUUUGGUAAUGUCACCCUGUCUUUUUGUUCCACAACUUUGUCGGUCAGUCCUGUUGUUGGUUUUGUUGUACCAUGAUUUUCUUAAAAAAAAUAAUAAUAAUAAUUUAAAAAAAAGAAAUUUUAAAACAUUUGUACCCAUGUAUAGUAAUGCGCACCCCAGAUUUUAGGACAAUAAAUUAGUUAAAUUUUGCGCAUUAUACACGGCUAUAUAAGAUGCACCGGACUAUAAGCCGCACGUGCCUUUUUAAAAAGAAAGCCUUUUUAAAGUUUUAAUAACAUACUUUGACAUGUGUUUCUAAACAUUGCCUGUGAUGCAGUAGUAGUACCGCAGCAACACGGAAGUGUGCACGCGAGUUAUUAACAAAGAAAGACUGGACACAGAAAGCUUUUUUAAAGUUUUAAUAACACACCUUAACAUUUCUUUCCAAACACUGCCUGUGACGCGGCAGUAAUACCGCAGCAGAAGUAACACAGCACUAAUAGGGUUUGAUUAAAUAAAACAUACCGGUAAAAGUCACUGAGACGCGGCGGUAACACAGCAGCAACAUGGUAGCACAGCACUAACAGAGCUGAUUGAAAAACAUACUAGUAAAAGUAAAAUAAAGAGCUUCAUCGUCUUAUUCUUCCUCCUGUGCACUGAAACCAUCGAAGUCUUCCUUCUCAGCCUCCGAUUGGAAUGGCGUUAGAUAUCCUUCGCCUCACACUUUCUCAGUCUUUUGUCGUCGCUUUUAUGGAUUUCUUCGAGUGUGAUGAGGGUCUGUUCAUGCUAAUUUUAUUCAUGCACGAAGCGCUAAAUUACAUUAAACUAGCGAGCGACACGUAUAGCUCCAGAGUAGACGGGACCACGAAAUAAAGAAAAGGGUGAUGCAACACAAUGUCAUCAACAUCGACUGCCUUUAGCUUAAAAGCGGCAUCAUAUGCAUUUCUUUUGUCCCCCAUAAUGACGGUUUGUGUAUAAAAGCUUCCUUUCAGUAAUGUCCGUCUUGAAAAAGUAGCACGUCUUCUUCGGCGCAUUAUCUCUUCUUCAUCUGUCUCGCUCUUGCGUCCUGCUAGAGCGCCCCCUGGAGGCCGUAAAAAUCCAUAAAUACGCCGCGCCGCCAUCUAAGCCUCGGGGUUCAAAGUAACCCUCUGAAUAAAAUGCAUUCAAAAUUCACGUUCAUUACAACUUGUUUUUGGUGAGCAAAAUGUCGGAAGAAUUGAAUUUAAAUGCUGAUUGAUUGGGUUUUAAUACAAUGCAGAUGGUCCAAACAGCGCCACUGCUUAGUGUAUUCUCUGAGUCACAUGGCAGAGUAAGAGAAAGGGUUUAAAGCCCUUUGACGCAGGUCACCUAGCGUGCAUUCCUACUAAAGCUCAUAAUAGUCACAAGCAACACAGCCCGAAUAAGCAGCAGCCAAAGAAGUGUUUCAAAAUAGUAUUUUUGUUGUUUUUUUCUUCAAGAUACCGCAGUGUAUGAAAGUGAUCAAGUCAUCACAAAAAUCACGAAAAAAAAUCCUUAUAUAAGCCGCACCUGACUAUAAGCCGCAGGGUUCAAAAUUUUUGAAAAAAGUUGCGGCUUAUAGUCCUCAUUGUUUCUUCUAUAGAUUUAGACAUUUACACAUUUGAUUUAUACACAGUGCUUCUGUUUUGUCUUACAAAUAAAGGACGAGCGGUUAGAGCAGGGGUCGGGAACCUGUUUCACUCAGAAAGCAAAAUAUUUGGACAUUUAUUUCAGUGAGAGCCAUAUAAUAUAUUUAAAGACUUAAUUCAACUAAAUGUGAGUAUAAUAAGCCUCUGAAUUUAUUAUUUUAAAUAAUGUUAUAAUGCUCACCAUUAAUGUGACUUCUGGUGCUGCAUGGAUUUGCUGAUGGCUUUGUAGUUUAGUUGGUACUUGCUGAGGUUAAGCUUCAUGCAGGCGUUGAGGCUUUCAUCUGUUAAACGAGAUUGUAGGUUGGACCUGAUGUUUUUAAGAUGUGAAAACAACUGCUCACAUGAAUACGUAGAUCCAAACAUGGUCAAUACAGGAAAUACUCACGCUUCAGUGUGUCGUAUGUGACAGGAAGCGCAUUCCAAGUUUUUAUUAUCACCUGGUCUUCGGGUUGAAGUUUUGUCCUUUCUGUCCACAUGUGCUUGCUCGCCAACUCCACGUUCCGUCGUGCGAUUCUUUCCAAAUCUUUAUUCAGUGACUUGAACUUAUUCACCUACAUGCCUGAGGCUUUCAGGUCAGCCACUUCUGCUUCAAAAUUUCCAACUGAGACAUCAGGAGUAUAACACGUCGGCUGUGUUCAGUGAACAUUCGUCUGGACGGGUGAUGAACUUUGAACUGACUGCUUUGAACGACCGUAGGAGACUGGAUGUGAAGAAUCUAGCUCAGAAUCAGAAUCAGCUUUAUUGACCAAGUUUGUGCAUGCCAAACAGGGAAUUUGACUCAGGUUGAUCUCAGCCUCUGUACAACAUUUAAGUGACUGACAACAUUCAGGUAACUAACAACAUUUAAGUGGCGAGAGCAGAAUGUUAUUGCACAGUGAUGUCUCUGAGUCUCUAUGAGUGGUGUGAGUUCAUCAGAGCGACAGCCUGGAGGAAGAAGCUUUCUGUGUCUGUGUCUGCAGAUUUUGGCGUACAACGCUCUGUAACGCCGGAGGGGAGUAGUUUGAACAGACUGUGACCUGGGUGAGAAGGGUCUGCGGAGAUGUUACUUGCACUUUUCCUAGUCCUGGACAGGUACAAGUCUUGGAUAGAUGGGAGGUUGGUCCCGAUUCUCUUUUCCGCAGACCUGAUCCGUUGCAGUCUGUGCUUAUCUUGUUUGGUAGCCGAUCCAAACCAGACAGUGAUGAAGGAGCAGAGGAUAGACUGGAUGAUGGCAGUGUAGAAGGUCUUCAGCAGCUCCUGUGGCAGGUUGAACUUCCUGAGCUGUCUCAGAAAAUACAACCUCUGCUGGGCCUUCGUCCGGAAAGAGUCUAUGUGCCUGGUCCAUUUCAGGUCUGGGGUGUUAGAGUGGUGCUCACUCUAACUUAUUUGCAAGAACCACAUGGGAGACAGUAUGCCCUUUGAGCACUUGCAAGUGGAGAAAACGUUCGUCACUGUGCAUACUGUUAGGUUACGGAUUUUAGCUUUUGAUCUGACUCCAAAUUAUGAUCAACACUUAACACAUGAAUUCCUAUGUCCUAAUCCACACACUGGCGCAUCUAACAAUUUUGCGAGUUCGUACUGUCAAAGAGAAGACCAGUAGACCAAUCUGACCGAAUUUACCAAUAGUUUAUUCCUGACAAAGCAAGCUAUUACAGGCCUGGGUUCCGGGGCCCUCACACUAAAAGCUCGUGUGUUCUUGUGCCCAUCAAGGUACAACACUUUCUUCCGGAUUGCCCAGUUACAAAGAAACACAAUAUGAAUAUUCAAACAUGCAAAACAUUGUGAGAUGAUUGGUCGAUGGCCGUCUCCUCCCCACUGGGUGUUUAUCGGCGAGUGCAGAUGUUCUGGUGGUUGGGUUUGUCUAGGACGCUCGACCACAACGACGAGGUGUGAUUCUCACUUCUCCAAUCUGUAGAUAUUUUUGACAGCUUGCACGUCGUCUUGGUCUCGCCUGACCGAUGAUGUACCCUGUGUACACAACACUUCGGAGAAAACAUCUUGGUGCAGCUGUCUGCACACUUCCUCACUUUCCGGUUCAUCAAAUGCUUUGCAUAAGUACAGCCACUACUGAAGAUUAUCUUGAUGUGAUUAUAUAUAUGUCUAACGUAGCCAUUAAUAAAACAUGUUUGCAAGCUACCAAAAAGCACAUUUUCCUUUAUUUUGCAAGCUGCCAAAAAGCAAAUUUUUCCUUUAAUACAGUGAUGUUCGAACGAAGUCCGCCUUAGUCCGUUGCAAGAGCUUAUUUAUUGAGAGAAAGCAGGGUGGGGGUGACAGGUUUGGUGAAUCCCCGGCGUCAGGUGAGAUCAGAGCAGGGGGUGUUUUAAGAUCUAAUGUAAACAGAACAACUUUGAUUGCUUCCUCUCCAGCUGGUCUAACAAGCAGAGUAUGCAAGGACUAUGGAAGUUUAUCUGUGCCAUCGGAUUUUGAAUUCGAAUUUGUAGCACUGAAUUUUUUUACAUCCAAUUUUUAACACUGAAUUUUUUUUUGCAUCUUUUUACAUCCAAUUUUUAACACUGAAUUUUUUUUUGCAUCUAAAUCAGACUUUGAAUUUUAAAAGCCAUCGAAUUUCUAGCACUGAAUUUUUUUUUCCUAAGACUUUUUUUUCAAUGUCUAAAAAAAUCCAGUGUCAAAAAAUUCAAUGUCUUAAAAAAUUCAGUGUAAAAAAAUUCGACAUCUCAAAAAAUUCAAUGUAAAAAAAUUCAAUGUCUAAAAAAAUUCAGUGUAAAAAAAUUCGAUGUCUCCAAAAAUUCAGUGUAAAAAUAUUCAGCGCGGACAUCCGGGGUAACCAAGGGAGAAGUAAUCGAUCCCUGUAUCAAAUCAUCCAACGUUCAGCCAAUCAAGUUACGCUCCAUUGGUCAUGUGACGUCGAAACAGGAACGUCGUGAAGUUCAAGUUCAUUACAGUAUUACAGUAUUAACUGUUACUGUUACCUUUGAACUUCACGACGUUCCUGUUUCGACGUCACAUGACCAAUGGAGCCACGCCUUCAUCCAUCAGCUGAUAAAGACGCGUCACAAACACAUCAGUGACACUCUGAUGAAGGCGGAAGAUUCCGCCGAAACAUGUCAGGUAAAUGAACCUAAAACAAAUUUGUUUGAUAUAGAAGAACCAGAGAAGUAAUUGAAAAAGAAAAAACAAGAUGAACCUAGUACAACUAUUGAAUUUUUUUACAUUGAAUUUUUUGAGAUGUCGAAUUUUUUUACACUGAAUUUUUUAAGACAUUGAAUUUUUUGACACUGGAUUUUUUGAGACAUUGAAAAAAAAGUCUUAGGAAAAAAAAAUUCAGUGCUAGAAAUUCGAUGGCUUUUAAAAUUCAAAGUCUGAUUUAGAUGCAAAAAAAAAUUCAGUGUUAAAAAUUGGAUGUAAAAAAAUUCAGUGCUACAAAUUCGAAUUCAAAAUCCGAUGGCACAGAUAAACUUCCAUAAAGGACUUUAUUUUACUGCGUUGUGAGUACAGGACAAGUUUGGUUAAUCAUUAUAGACUACAUUUCAACAUAAUCAUACGAUCAAAAUAAUCUAUCAACCCUAACAUUUCCCUCCUGUUUAUCAUAUGAUCAUGUCACCCCGAUCAACAAACAUAAGCAAGAAAAUAUAAUGAAGAUAGAUCCACCAACACCGCGUCACUGGCGAAGAAGGCCCAGCGCCGCCUGUACUUCCUGCGGAAACUCAGGCGAGCGAGCGCUCCUCCGGCUAUCAUGACUACAUUUUACCGCGGCACCAUUGAGAGCGUCCUCUCCAGCUGUAUUGCUGUUUGGGGUGGUAGCUGCACUGACUACAACAUGAAGGCCCUGCAGCGGAUAGUGAACACGGCUGGUAAGAUUAUUGGUGCUUCAAUCCCCUCCUUGAAAGACAUUUCUCACCCGUAAGGCGACCAUGAUUGUGAGUGAUGUGAGUCACCCCGCUCACUCUUUGUUUGAUCUUCUGCCCUCUGGGAAGAGGUACAGGAGCCUGCGCUCCCGCACCACCAGACUCACCAACAGCUUCAUACUCCAGGCUGUUAUGAUACUGAACUCUCUCCCCCUUUCUGCGUAGCGUCCUGUACUUUGCGCUAUGCUUACUGUCUGCUGUAUGCACACUGGCUCAGUUUUGCUCCUCUUAUUUAUUGUGUUAUUUGUUUAUUAUUUAUUCAUCACUCAUAUUAUUUAUUUAUUAUUUAUUGUUUGUGCCUUCUUGUUUUUAUUUUGUGUCGUCUACUUGUAUGUCUAUCGUGUACUAUGUCUCGUCACCGUGGGAUAGAGGAAACGGAAUUUCGGUUUCUUUGUGUGUCUUGACAUAUGAAGGGAUUGACAAUAAAGCAGACUUUGACUUUUUGACUUUUUUUUUGAAAAAUAAGAAACACAAAAACAGUACAUCAUUGUAUCCAUCACUUGCGAUACCAUUUUUGAUGGUCAAAUCAUCAAGUUUCUGUAAAACACGUUCAGCUAAACAGCAUUAUCGCAAUCUUCUUUCCACAGCACAUUAAAGUCGUCACAUUCGACAUGCCUGAGAUAUUGUAUUUGCACCUGAGGUACGGUAGAAAACACAAACCUUGCCACAGCACACUUCAAACACGGGUAAGCUCAACAAUACCAGCACAACAAGCACAGGAGUCACAAGUUUCAACACCAGUUGCAACCAGGCGCCAGAGAAUAGCAAUGAAAAGAAAUCCCAUUGAUGUGGGGCCUUCUCCUCCGACAUGGCCUGCUGUAAAUUCCUCAGUGAGUUCAUGGCGUUGUUGACGUGAAUGUCAUUAUCCCCUGGAAUGUAUGUGCAACAGGAAGUUCCAAUAAUAUGGCACACGACACCUUGCGCUGCAGUCAUUAAGUCCAGAACCAUCCUGUUUUGCAAGACCAUCAGUCUAAUAGCCUGAAUCUCUCUGUUUUGUCCAUCAUUGACCUGCAGCGAGAGAUACACAAAAGAUUGAAAACGAUAGUUCAGUGUCUCUAUAGGGUGAUUGUUUUCCAACUCCGAUUCAAGGAAAUGGCGCAUGAACAACUUUGUCACCGAUGGACCACACUUUAUGGCUGUCAGGGACAUUUGUACCCCAGACAGGAUCAUGUGGUUCAAAGGUCGUAACUAGGGGUGUAACGAUUCAUCGAUACACAUCGAUUAAUCAAUAUAAUGCUCUACGAUUAAUUGGCAUCGAUGCUAAACGUAAACAUCGAUUUAUAUCGCCGUGUUUGACCUCGGACAUUAGACGCAACUUUAUUUUGAAAUCCAGUUCAUUGUUGCAUGCUUCCUCUUUCCGGGAGCAGUGCGCGGCGUUGUUGUGUUGUGAGCAGAGCAGGCACGUGAAAGGGGAGUCGACAACUAGUACGCGGCUCCUGGGCUGGUGCUAUGGCUAGUGUCCAAAAAGACGAGGAAAUUUGCUCCCCUUUAGGCUUCAAGUCAUUCGUUUGGAAGCACUUUGGAUUCCAAAGAAAAGAUGGCUCAACGGACAAGACGCGUGCAGUUUGUAAAUCCUGCCAUGCGGUGAUCAAAUAUUCAGGGACCACAAAUCUCGCCGCACAUUUAAAGAAAAAACACGACAUCAAAGUUCAGUGUUAAAAUAAAGUAAUUUCCUAAAUAAAGAGUUUGCAGUACCAUGUUGAUUUUGCGUAUGAAUUGUUAUAAAUCAGGAUAUUGUUCUAUAUUUUUUAUUUAAAAAAAAUAAAAAUAUCGAUCGUAGAGCACUAUAUCGUGAUGUAUCGUGAAUGAAUCGCAGCAGGCUUUAAGAUAUCGGCAAAUAUCGUAUCGUAGUUCUUUGUAUCGAUAUGAUAUCGUAUCGUGACGAAACCCGCGAUUUACACCCCUAGUCGUAACAGCCCUGUGUCAACGUCCAAAAGAGUUGUGUGCCGUCGUCAGUUGAUGAUGUUGUAUCUUGUAGGUGUGGUCUGUUACCCACACUGGUGCACACAUUCCUGUCCAGUUGGCGGGCAGCAUCGGAUAAACCUUGUGACCAAAGCCACCAGCCAUUCUGUAUGAAGUAGGUCCCGUUCGAUGGUGCAGCCAUGUUGGUAGGAAAGCCCUCACCACUUGAAAUAGCUCUCCUAUCCUGGCACUCAGAGGUGACGUCCAAAGCUCCUAUCCAGUUUCCUCCUGGAGAGCAGUCGUUGUUAAUGCAUUUGUGGGUUUCAUUUCCUUGGAUGUAACAUGUGUGUUCACUCCAGGUGGCCUCUUUGUAUAGGCCACUUGCGGCAUUGUUCGUCCUUUAGCAGUCACAUUGAGAUUUAUCCAAAAGAGUUGAUCACAGGUACCCUCUAUGAGUCCAGGGUGGAAGGGGUCGGCGCCACUGACUGUGACAGCAUGGUGCUGGUAUCCAACUCCUCUCAUAGAGGCCAUGCAUUUCGCUUGUCAAGUCAAGUUUAUUUGUAUAGCCCUAAAUCAAAAGCAGUCUCAAAGGGCUUCACAUAGACAAAAAUUGACAAUUAUUCUCAAAGCAUCCCCUGAUCUUAAGCUCCCAAAAGGGCAAGGAAAAACUCAAAAAAACCCUACCGCGGGAAAAUGAGAAACCUUGAGAAAGGACCACAGAUGGAAGGAUCCCCCUUUCAGGAUCACCAGGUUGAAAUGGAUGCAGAGAGGGCACAAAUGAUACAAUAUGAAAAUCAAUGAAAUAAGAAGUGGAUGUCCAUGUCAGAGCGAAGGGCUGCCGAAGGAGCCCUCAAUUGUCCUGGGAGUGUCUUCGAGGAGGUUGAGCUGCAGUUCCCCCAUCCUGAAUUGGCCCACGAGAAUCCAGAUAGCCACUGUCAGCAUGGGUGCCACCUAACCACCUCCCCGGCCGGGGAGGGGGGAGGGAGGGGGUGGAGAGGGAGAGGAAACAAACUCUAGCCGAAUCGGCCACUACAGGUUAGUUAAAGGCCAUGUCAUAGAAAUGUGUCUUUAAACGUGUCUUAAAUGUUUCUACUGAGGUAGCAGUCCUAAUAUCCAUUGGUAGGGCAUUCCAAAGCUCUGGAGCCCGAAUAGUAAAUGCUCUAGAGCCUGCAGACAUUUUCUUGGUCCUCUGUGUCGCUAAAAGGGUAGCGUUUUGCGAACGAAGGUUACGAGACGGAACAUAAGGAACAACUAGGUCGACGAGAUAUGAAGGCGCUAAGCCAUGCAGUGAUUUAUAGGUUAAUAGAAGAACCUUGAAGUCACAUCUUAAAUGGACCGUGAGCCAAUGUAAGUUGGCUAGUAUUGGGGUAAUGUGAUCAAAUUUUCUUGCCCGAGAGCAGCCUUGCAGCAGCAUUUUGUACUAACUGUAGACUUUUGAUGCGGGACUUAGGAAGACCCAAAAAUAGUACAUUACAGUAGUCCAGGCGCGACGUGACGAACGCAUGUAUAAUAGUUUCCGCAUCACCGGUCGAGAGGAUCGGACGAAUCUUUGCAUAUUACGAAGGUGAAAAAACGCAAUUGUCAAGUUUAAUUCGCUGACUGAAUAACUAUUAAGAGCAACAGCAAACAAACCACAAGUGAGACGGAAUAUUAAGUAUUUUCUCGCGAGGAGUGCAGUACAGAUCGCUUACAACAACCUCACUACACUAACUAUCUGUAUGCACUCCUGCUCUUUUUAUUUGGAUUUGCCCUACCCACAAAAUGAGACAAGCCCUUUAAAAGGGGAGGGGGAAAGCACGUGGGCUUUGUCUCGUAAGAAGAAAAAUCACAAUGUGUUACAUACUGAUAUGGAACAGUGUGAGAAAGAGUACGAGUGAUCAGCAACCAUUCUUUGUGUCUGUGAUGAAUUCAGGAAACAUGAGUUAUCAGCAAUCAUUCUUUGUGUCUGUGAUGAAAUCAGGAAACAUGAGUAAUCAGAUAUCAUUCUUUGUUGAAAAGGAACUGUCUUGGUAGAUGUCUUCAUUUUGCUGAGUGGUCAGCUGCAACCUGUCUGACCCAGUAACCUCUCUCUUCUGUGGUACAUCAUAAAAACAGCAAGGCCAAACAGCAAGCACAUAUUGCGGUAAUAUUGCGGUAAAGCAUCGACUAGAGAACGCAUGAUAACAUAUGUAGACAUUUUUCUAACAGCAAUUCUGGUUAUAUUCUUAAUGUGCUUUUGAAAGGAGAGAGUUUGGUCAAAUAUUACCUCGAGAUUAGUUACAGUAUCGCUCUGAGUGAUAGUACGGUUAUCUAUAGUUAUAGCGGUUUCUUUGAAUAAGUGUUGAUAACGAGUUGGACCAAUUAUCAACAUCUCAGUUUUAUCUGGGUUAAGACGAAGGAAGUUGAGAGACAUUGGUUGAUCUCCGCAAGGCACACCUCAAGAUUACAACAAUCCCGCGGAUCUGUCAUCGAUAACGGCAUAUGUAAAUGGGUGUCAUCCGCAUAGCAUUGAGAACUAAUAUUAUAUUUACGUAUUAUGCCCCCAAGCGGAAUCAUAUAAAUAUUAAAAAGAAUUGGUCCGAGAACCGAUCCCUGUGGGACACCACACGUGACAUUAUAGAGCUCCGAGGACGCAUUGCCAUGGACCACUCGGUGCGUCCUGUUUGAUAGAUAGGAAUGGAACCAGCCUAGUGCUGACCCUGAAAUACCAACACAACUUUUAAGACGCCCUAAUAAAAUAUCGAAGUCUACAGUGUCGAAGGCAGCACUAAGAUCGAGUAGUAACAGUACAGACGAAGUGUUCGAAUCCAUAGCUAUGAGGAGAUCGUUAGUCACUUUAGCAAGUGCUGUCUCAGUGGAAUGAUUAGCUCUAAAACCAGACUGAAUAGUGUCAUAUUGAUUAUUGGCGACCAUGUAAUCAAUAAGCUGCUGCCCUACUACUUUUUCAAGAAGUUUUGCUAUGAAUGGGAGGUUUGAAACUAGCCUAUAAUUACUGAGACAGUCCGGGUCAAGAUUUGGUCGCUUAAGUAACGGUUUAAUGAUAGCGGUUUUAAAGGCUGUUGGCACUAUCCCAGAGGAGACAGACAGAUUGAUUAUAUUUCAGUGACAUUCAUCACUUUGGCCUCCAGGUGAACUUGUGUGGAGGAAAGGGGGAGUUUGGAACACACAUAGCAUCCCACCUGUGUGUGGGAUCUCACAAUGAACUUUACAUACCGGUACCAAGUGUUGGGGUCAUAUGGGUUUUUGGGGUCCCAUGACCAGUCCUCAUAGGUUUCAUCAUGUGACCAUCUUUUCCCACAGUUGACCUUGUCAAUGGGUCCAUUCAAAUGAGUCCAUAGACCAUAGCACGCUACAACCACAAUGCAACAGAGGAUCCACCUGGCAUGUGGAGUCCCCAUUGCUACUAGGUUGGCAGAGACACCAGAACACCCCAUCGCCUGUCAGAGUGGGGAUUGUUGGUCUCUUCACUGACAUUGAGACGCACCACCCUAAACGAUGGAGCCCCUUUGUAGUCAGAAGCUUCCCCACCACUCCAAAAUUAGGGGUCUUUCACUCUCUGUGACUUGCAGUGGGUGAGGUGAAUCCAACUGGGCCUUUCAGCAAUCUUUACUGUGGUGGGGGCCGUCAGCAAGACUUGGAAUGGUCCCUCCCACUGUGGGCUGGCCCAGUUCUUUCUUUUGAUGACCUUGAUGUAGACCCAGUCUCCUGGCUUGAUGUGGUUGUCAACCUGUGGGGAAGGAAGAUCAGGCGACAGUAAAUUUGCAUUUGACACAUCUUUCAGUUUGAGCGUUCUGAUCAUGUAAUCUGUCAAGAACUGUUAUUCAUCGGCUUUUUGCAAAUCUGCAGGGAACACAGGUAGUCUAUAUGAUGAUGAUGGAACUUUAUUCAUCCCACAGCGGGGAAAUUUACUUUUCACAGCACCGCGUAUGAAUGCAAGAAAACAAGUGCCAAAAUUUCAAAAAGGAUAAAUAACAGACAGGGCUCGAAACUAACGAUUGCCCGAUUGCCCGGGGCAAGUAGCGAUGGCAGACGGGCAAGUAGAAUUUUUUCCUCACUUGCCCGAACUUGCCCUGCCAUAAUACCAUGUUUUCAAGCUGUAAAAAGACGAUUUUGUGCAUAAUUUCUCGCAACAUCUGCCGCUUCUGGUCCGACAUUUUGUUUUCUAGGGAGCGGUUAGUUUCUCGUGUAAGUCUGCAAUACAUUGAUAACGGCAAAGCGCUUCGUAAUUAAAUGCAUGCUCCCUUACCCGUCCCUGGCUCUUCUGCGCCUGCGCACCAGCAGAGCUUGUUUCCGGUUGGCGGAUACGAAGGCAUAUGAAGGCAAAACUUAUAGUGUUGUCUUUUUUAUUGCAAAAAUGUG